AUGAGCGCAAUGACAGAGUCCGCCACACCGGCUUGCCCUUCCGAUGGCCGCAAGCACCCUCCGACUCGCAGGGGCAUCAUCGUGAAUGUCAUGGUCGAGAGCGCGGACAAGUUUGUCGACUUCAUGGGAAAAACCACCAAAGCCAAGAUUUGGCGCCUGACAGAUGGCGGUGGCGAUGCCCUUUCGCGGCCGAGCAGAACCUCGUAUUUAGCUGCACCGUACACACACAAUCACCGCGGUUUCCCAGUGCAGGAGUACUUCCGCUUCCCCGACGAGGACGGCAAGAUCAUGCACCUCGCCAUAGACAUCGGCGGCGUAGCGCUGUACGUCGAGGAGCUCGGCAACAAGAUGGACACCGGCGCCAUCAGCACCCCUCACGCCCGCCUGCACCUCAACACCGACGACCCGAUCGGCGUUGGUGCCAAGCUGGUGGAGCACGGUGCCAAGGAGCUCACCAAGAUGGCCGAGCAGUUCUGGGGCGCCACGUUCGGUGUUUACCAGGACCCUUUCGGUCAGAUCUGGUCGGUGUCAAACUCCACCAACACCAUCGAGGACGUGCCCAAGGAGCUGGCGCGCAAGAUCA